GACCACCCGAUCCUGUUAGUCGCCUUUUACGACAAGCAGAGUCACCUUUUACGGCAAGCAUGGGUUGCUGAAGACCUAUUCUACCCCGGAAUCUUCACGGGUCACAAUCAGAUAUGCUUAAAGUUCAUUCAUGGUAACCAUGGCAUUUGGUUCAUACAUACAGUGGGGUUUUAUUGUUUAAACUUGUGCCAUAUGACACAAGUCAGGAAAUAUACAUUAUGCAUGCAUGUACCAGCAUGUAUCAUACCAGCAACUGCAACAUACUCAUACCCAUAGUCAUCUUUACUUUCACUCACUCAGCAAUCGACACAGGGUCAUCCCCACAGGGCUACAACAGUGAAGAGGAGGACAUGGAAACUAGCACUGAUCCACUUCCAGACACUAGACAAGUUUCAAGGGCAUUCUUUCAGAAAGAGGAGCAAAAUCUUGCCAUGUAUCUACAGAACCUGAUGCAGGGAAACUUCAGUGGUGACAGGGACGGAAGGGGACAGAGGCACACAAUGUUUCUGGAGAGCUAUCCCUAUCAGGAUGUUAAGGCAGGAUUUGCAUCCCAAUUCAUACCUGCAGAGCUCCAGGGACACAUCAGAGAGUGGAUUAGAAGCACCUUCACACGUCGUAUUCACAAAGACAAAAGCCAUCCCUACACCAGUUUAUUGACCAGUGUGCUAACUGUGCGUAAUGUGGAUGAGAAUCUGAGAAAACUGAGUCUGCAGUAUAUGUGUGCAACAACCCACUACAUCGUGUAUGUAGCUGUACAAGAGGCAUGCCUAUUCCUCAUCCAGAAAUGUCUGGAUAUGGAGUACCAACAUCUGGACAAAGAAUGUUCAGAAAUGAAAUUACAUCCGAAGCGUUUGUAACUUGGUCCAGUUUUGACUUGCGUUCAUUGCGUUAAAGAAUAAAAUGAUAUCAAAUGUUCACUCUGUAAGUCUUGUAUAUCAAACUAAUAUUGACUACUCUGCACUGAUGGUUAUCAACCUAAGUCUCGUAAUAGUUUUUAGGAAAAUAUGUGUAAUAUGACCUCCAGAAUUGACAUUACAUGUUUAAAAUCUAUAGUUAAUGGAAUCUUAAGAUUUUCUUUCGGCUAUGGAUAUUAUGGAUAUCACAUUUCUAGCUAGAGAGCAGAAUUUGAAUGCUAUGGGUCAAUAUUUCUAGCUUUAAGAGAUUUUUGACUAUUUUAUUACUCAUAUCCCCUUGACCAGA